CCCGGCACCUCGGGGUGGGCUGGGGGUGGGAGCCAUGGACUCGGCGCCAGCCUUCGCCAUGGACAAGCCGUUCGCCCCCGGCACCGUGCGCGGUCCGGAGCCUCCCGAAAACCCCCAGGGCCGGAAAAACUUCAGCGUGAGCCACCUCCUCGACCUGGAGGAGGUGGCGGCCGGCAUGAACGGGGCCCCCCCCGCCGGCCCCCCACCCGCCGGGGGCGGCAAGGCUAUGCCGGAGCCGUCGGGAGGCAGCAGCGGCAGCGAAGCAGCGCCCCAGGACGGCGAGAGCCUGAGCCCGAGCCGCGGGGCGGCCAAGAGGAAGAAGAAGCAGAGGAGGAACCGCACCACGUUCAACAGCAGCCAGCUCCAGGCUCUGGAGAGAGUCUUCGAGAGGACGCACUACCCCGACGCCUUCGUGCGGGAGGAGCUGGCCAGGAGGGUGAACCUCAGCGAGGCGAGGGUCCAGGUCUGGUUUCAGAACCGGAGGGCCAAGUUCCGCCGUAACGAGAGGGCGAUGCUGGCCAACAGGUCGGCGUCGCUCCUCAAGUCCUACAGCCAAGAAGCCGCCAUCGAGCAGCCCAUGGCACCACGGCCCACGGCGCUCAGCCCCGAGUACCUCUCCUGGACCAGCACCUCCCCGUACAGCACUGUGCCGUCCUACAGCUCCAGCGGGACCGCGACGCCCACCCAAGGGGUGAACAUGGCCAACAGCAUCGCCAGCCUGCGCCUCAAAGCCAAAGAGUUCAGCCUCCAUCAGAACCAGGUGCCGACCGUGAACUGACCGGGGGAAACCCCCCCGUGGCCUCAUCCAGGACGCAACGUGGGGUCCUGCGCCGGCCGGCACCACCCCGCCGCCCGCCCGCCCCGUGUGCCGCCCACCCGACGGCUCAGCACCUCUCCUCUCCUCUCCUCUUCCCUUUUGAAGGUAGAGUCAAGUCCCAGUCCGAAGUGGCACAUAAUUAUAGCCACAUAUGGAGCAAACUUGGUUAGAAACUCGCUUUUCCGCACACCCUUAUAAUAAAGGCUAUAUAUACACACACAUACCCCCCGCACGCUCUUCGAGGACAAACAGACUUGCCAAGCGAACAAGAAUUUGCUUCCAAACAUGGAAGGAUCUUGGACUUUUGGAUUUGACCAAUUUGGGUAUCUUGCCCGGAGAGCCAAAGAGUUAUUGGGUCUUCUCCUCCCGCAGGGCCGGCACGCAGCGCCGGGAGGAUCACGAAGCUGUGCGAGGCCCAUUUUUAGGGCCCCCCCCUUUGUGCCGGGCUGCGACCCGCGGUGCUCGCCCGUGCAGCCGAAGCCGACCCGUGCCUUUGCUUCCUUGUGCAUCGCCAGCCGUGGGGCUCGGCAGAGACUUUUGCAAGCCAAGGGCUCUUUCCCAGUGCCUGUUCUACCGGGCUGUGCCCCUCCCCAGAGGAAUGAGCAAGGUUGGAGCAUCCCAAAAUCCUCACUGGGAGCCCUCGAGCUGUGGGGGGACAUCGCCGCGCCCCGGCCAGGCACCGCCGCCCCACGGCCGUGGGUUUGCCAACAAUCCUGCAGAGCCCCAGGUCAUUGAACCGUCCCAGGGAAAGAGAAAAUUGGAAAAAGCUGUUGGUUUCAGCUGAGUAGGCGGCUCCCGGUGCUUCGUGCCAACGGCAGAGCCGGCUUCGUCUUCCGGAGGCACAGCCUCCCCGGCGGCAGCUCCGCAGAUGUGCCGCGGAGCCCGCGGCCGGAGGCUCCAUGGGGCAUUUUUGUGUUUGUGCCGAAAGGAAAUGGUUUCUCCCCCGCCCCACCCCGGCACGCAGCCGAACGAGGGGGCUCUCUCUUGCAAAGCGGGCACGGGGAAGGCAGCCUCGCCCCGGGCCUCCAACAUGGAUGCUGCAGCAAUGCGGUGGUGGAGGUUGGAGCCCAGGGACAGCGUCCUCGGGAGGCCACGGCACCCAACGCAAGGAGCAGCAGCCAGGUGACAGCUCAGACGGGUGGCCUGGGAGGAGAAGGCACCAGCCCUACCUCUGCAGAAGGGCUUUGCAGAGGAGCAAAUACCGAGCGAGCAAAUUUAAGAAUCACAGAAUUGUAGGGGUUGGAAGGGACCUCAAGAGAUCAUCAUGGAAAUGCAGCAGCAGAGCUCAGGGCGAACGCAGGGAUCACCAAGAUAAGCACCCACCAGUGUGCAAAGCCAAGGACAAAAGUACCCAAACCCCUCACGUGCCCC